AUGUUAUCAUAUAUAUCUUCAUGGUUUAAUUACUUAUUUAAUAAAGAGAGCAAUGAAGAUUCAGACGAUGAUUGUAAAGAAAAUUAUCUUGCUGAACAACUUGUUGAUUUAGAAUAUAUUAUCAGACACGAAGAGAAGACCAGUGAAUCAAUUGAUGCAUCACCAAUACCAAAUGAUGCUAUUUGCUUUCAAAGAACUGGUGUUAUAACAUUUAAAGAUGAUAAUUAUGUUUUGAUAGAUGGAAUUCUUUAUUUUGAUAUAUCAGCCUGUCCACAUCACUGUGAUGUCAAUGAUCAAGUACUAUAUUUAGGUUACAAGGACUCAAAUGACUCCAUUAUUGUUGUUAGAAUAUUGGAAAACAAAGGUUUAUUUUGGGGCACAGAAAAUGAUGUGGAAGAAAAUAAGUUUCAAGUUAUUGAGCACAUCAUGCUGGGAGAAGUAGACUUCAGAGUUGAAAGGAAUAUUUAUAUUAAAGAAAGUGACCUAAAAUUCAAUUUAGAUGAUGUUGAAGGCACAUUUAUACCAGUCACAGGAGAUUGGUUGGAACUAAAAUGUAAAAUGCAAUUAGAUGAAAAAAAUCCAUCGGACAUUUCAAUAAAACAGGUUUUGACAGUAUUAUCCUUUAAGCCAUUGAGGAGCAAGAUCAUUAAUGCAGUUGUUGAUAAUUGGACAGGAACUUAUGAUAGCAGAAUUCUUGUAGCUACACCAUCCAAUAGCGCUUCAAACUUAAUAGCAGAAAGGUUGAUACAGUAUAAAGGUGAUCCAAUGCAAUUAGGGCCAGUAGUGACAUCAAAAUAUUGUAAAGAAUUUGGUAUGGAUGAAUCCUACAUGUCUAGAAUUUUAGAAUGCUACCCAUAUCAAAAAGAUUAUGUUGCAUACAAAAAUGGUUUUGACAAUAGGCUAAUAACAAAACUGAAUGAUAACUACAGAUCUGUAGAAGAAAUCAUUUCAUUACCGAGUGAAAUGUUUUAUGAUGCAAGUUUGGUGGCUAGAAUUGAUAGAAAUCAAACAUGGAUAUCAAAAAUUAUUUCCGCCACUCACGAAGUUCUAAGUCUAGAUAACAUAAACACAGGUGGUUUGUUUGUACAUGGAGUAAGAGGCUUCAAUGCAAGAUCUGAGGAGAGCCCUUCAUGGUACAAUCCACAAGAGGCAUCAAUGGUGGCACUCACAACUUGCAAACUGCUAAGAAGAGGUGUAACUGUAGAUGACAUAGGCAUUAUUACACCAUAUAUAGCUCAGAUAAAAUAUUUGCGCCUUCUAUUUGAAUCAAUGGGCUUAGCUCAACCAAAAAUUGGGACUGUUGAAGAAUUUCAAGGUCAAGAGCGGUGCAUUAUUCUUAUAACAACUGCCAGCUGCACCGGCCACAAUACCGCCGUCCACUUCUGCGCCCUUCGCCCCCAAUACCUUGCCCUCUGCAAGAGUAGCGUCUGCCGCAGAACCAGUGGCGGAGUAAAUCCUUCAGAGGCCCGGGGCGGUAAAGCUGAA